AUGGCCCACCAUGCAUUCAACGGCGCAGAAUUCAAUCAGUUUGCUAACUACUUAGGAUUCAACCACAGGAGAGUUACUCCGCGUUGGCCUCAAGCUAAUGGUGAGGUCGAAAUAUUCAUGCGAACUCUUAAGAAAGUCUACCGCUGUGCAAUCGCAGAGCACAAGUGUUGGAAGCAGGAAGUAUACAGGUUCUUGCGUAACUAUCGCGCAACACCACACUCUACUACUGGUGGUCCUCCUGCGACUCUUCUCUUUGGAAGGCCAUUGCGUGCACAUCUUCCAGACGUAGUAUCUCCGCAGAUCCAACAUGAUCUACAUUCUUCAGUUCGCAAUCGCGAUGAAGCCAAGAAACAACACAUGAAAGCAUACGAUGAUGGUCGCGGAAAAACUCAGACAUCGAGAAUCGCAGUUGGUGAUAUGGUGCUUGUUCGCAGAGAUGGAAUGGUUCCAAAGCACCAGUCGCCAUACCUCGCGCAACCAUACAAAGUUGUGAGAAAGCGUGGAUCUCGCAUUACCGUCCGUUGUGCCAAUCAUUACAUCACACGCAAUUGUUCGCGAUUCAAGUUGUAUGGUGGUCCAGCUCCACCAUUUAGUCAUGAUGAUGAUGAUGACAUUGAACCUUGUAACAUUCAAGAUGCACAAAAUGAUCCAAUGCCAGCGGGAAAUCCGCAACCUGCUGUACCACGUCGCAAUCCGCCUCGUGAGCGACGUCCCCCAUUACGUUUUCGUGAUUUUGUGCCUAACUAA